AUGUUGGCUAAAAGUGUACUAUUUUUAAGCAUACUUUCAAGCAGGGUAGUCUUUCAUAAAGCAUGUCCACAAAAACUUUGUAAUUUAAUGAUCAAAAUAGAAAGGUAUCUACUUCCAUCCGCAUUUGUGGUGAUAAGCCAACUAGAUAAUGGUACCGAUCAUAUCGAGAAGGCCAUUGAACAAUGUUAUUAUCAUGGUCACCUUGGCAACCCUGAAAGAACAGCAGUAGCAGUGGACACAUGCAAUGGUUUAAAGGGAAUAAUUCAAGAUGACAAUGGAGAGGAAUAUUUCAUAGAGCCUCAUGUCCUUUACAAGACAAGUUCUGAGUAUCACAAUAAGCAUGUGCUGUAUAAAACAAAAGAUCUAAAGAUUAAAAAACAGGGCAUGUGUGGUAAGGAAAAUUUUCACAGGUUAAAACAUUACAGAAAUUACGAUGUACAAGCACAAUUUUAUGAUUAUAUUAAUAGUAUUAAUAAUGUUAUUAGUAUAUUUCCCCUGAAGUUUCAAAUUUUGGUAGUUUCUGCAAUAUUCCCAUUGUGGAACUUAUAUCAACAAGAUGGCCCAAAAAAGGAAAAAAUUAUCUGUGCUGGUAUAAACAAAAGUAUCAAUUUAGGUUUCGGAUGUACCAAAUAA